UUGACAACUGAUAGAUGAAAUCAUCCCUCUUUAGAUUAUACUUCAACAAUUUUAACUGUUAGUUGACAGUAUUGAAUGAAGUUAAAAUCGAAAAUGUAAAGCGGGUUUGGAUAUGGUCACAGGGUCAAAGGUUCUAACUAUAAAUAAAGCUCUUUACAUGUACAUUAUAAUUAGUACAUUUGAUUAGGUUCUCUAUGUCGUACGCCAUAAGGUUCAAUUUAUUUUGCAGUAAUUUGUAUUUGGUAACUGGAUUACAUAGAUAAAUGUAUGUAUAUAAAAUAAUAAAUGGUAGGGAGUGUGUAACUGUGUACUGAUAAACUCAUCUCAUUUCAUAACUUUUUAACAAUACGUAACAUUAGAUCGAAUAUUAUAGUAAUAUUUCUAAAGAAUCUAUAAUGAUUUUCCUAAAUGGAAUUAGCAUCAAAAUGCAAUCAGCAAAUAAGAUUUUUAUGACAAUGGCAGCGUAUUCAUCUAAAGUAUCACUUAAUGAAGUGGUAAUAGCAUCCGCAGUUAGGACUCCUAUAGGAUCCUUCAGGGGCAGUCUUGCUAGUUUAUCUGCUACGGAACUAGGGGCUAUCGCUGUAAAGGGUGCAAUUGAAAGAGCCGGCAUACCAAAUGAAGAAAUCAAAGAGGUUUACAUUGGAAAUGUAUGUGGUGCAAACUUAGGUCAAGCACCCGCUAGGCAAGCAGUUAUAUUUGCUGGUCUUCCAAAAAGCACUAUUUGCACAACAGUGAACAAAGUUUGUGCUUCUGGUAUGAAAUCAAUUAUGUUAGCAGCACAAGGAUUACAGACAGGCGAUCAAGAUGUGAUAUUAGCUGGAGGAAUGGAGUCUAUGUCAAAUGUGCCAUUUUAUUUGAAGAGAGGCGAGACAGCAUAUGGUGGGAUGCAGUUGGUGGAUGGCAUAGUAUUUGAUGGCUUAACUGAUGUCUAUAAUAAAUUUCAUAUGGGGAACUGUGCUGAAAAUACUGCCAAGAAACUAGACAUAUCAAGACAGCAGCAAGAUGAUUAUGCCUUAUCUAGUUAUAAACGAAGUGCUGCAGCUUAUGAUGUCAAAGCCUUUGCUGAUGAGCUUGUACCAGUACCUGUUCCUCAGAAAAGAGGUGCUCCCCCAAUUAUAUUUGCAGAAGAUGAAGAAUACAAAAGAGUUAAUUUUGAUAAAUUUACAAAAUUAGCAACUGUGUUCCAACGAGAAAAUGGAACAGUAACAGCUGGGAAUGCAUCAACAUUAAAUGAUGGGGCUGCUGCUCUAGUAUUGAUGACUGCUCAAGCUGCUCAAAGAUUAAAUGUUACUCCUAUUGCUCGAGUUGUUGGAUUUGCUGAUGGAGAAUGUGAUCCAAUUGAUUUUCCAAUUGCUCCUGCAGUAGCCAUUCCAAAACUACUGAAAAAGACUGGUGUGAAUAAAGAUGAUGUUGCUCUAUGGGAAAUUAAUGAAGCCUUUAGUGUUGUGGCUGUUGCUAACCAAAAACUGUUGGAUUUAGACCCAUCUAAAAUUAAUGUGCAUGGAGGUGCUGUCAGUCUGGGACAUCCCAUUGGAAUGUCUGGUGCGAGAAUUGUAGUACACUUGUGCCAUGCUUUGAAAAAAGGAGAAAAAGGUGUAGCCUCAAUUUGUAAUGGAGGCGGAGGUGCAUCAUCUAUUAUGAUUGAAAAAUUACCAGACACUAUUGAGGGGCGGCCUGUGCUGACCUUUUAUACAAAAGACCCCUGUCCAUUAUGUGACAUAGUAAUAGAAGAGCUAGAACCAUACAAAAAUAGAAUUGACAUUAUUAAAGUUGAUAUUACUGAAAGAGACAAUUUAAGAUGGCUGAGGUUAUAUAGGCAUGAUAUACCAGUAUUAUUUCUUAAUGGAAAAUUCCUAUGUAUGCAUAAACUAAACAAGGAUUUACUAGAUAAAAGGCUUGAAAUGAUCGAACAAGAAAAUUAAACUAGUGUUAAUUUGGUGAAUUUUCUUGAACUUACCUAUACCUAGGCCACAUCACUAAAGCAAGCCUGUAUCCAAAUCGACAUUCAGCAUGAAAAAAAAUCU